ACUAGCUCGCGAAAAUGGCUACAGUUAGGCAACCGUCAUCUUUUUUCAGCUACCCCCGCAAAGGCGUUUGCAAAAUAGUCCUACCUUUGUGGUUGUUGCAUUUUUCUUCUGUGUGCUCCGAUAUAACAGACGGCAACGCUGAACACUUAAAGCGGGAGCAUUCACUCGUAAAGCCGUACCAAGGUGUUGGAACAAGUGCUUCGAGUCAAUGGGAUUUUUGGGGGAGUACAUUAGUUACAAGCCAGUAUGUACGCCUGACACCUGAUGAACGUAGCAAGCAAGGAUCCAUCUGGAACACAGUGCCCUGUUACUUGAAAGACUGGGAGAUGCAUGUGCAGUUUAAAGUUCAUGGAUCAGGGAAGAAGAAUCUGCAUGGGGAUGGCAUUGCCAUUUGGUACACAAAAGAGCGAUUACAUCCUGGACCAGUCUUUGGAAACCAGGACCAUUUUGUAGGCCUGGCUGUUUUUAUGGAUACUUUCCGCAAUGACCUCCACGGCAUGGAUCGGUCCUUUCCCUACAUUUCUGCAAUGGUAAGUAACGGCUCGCUGUCGUACGAUCACGGAAACGAUGGCCGCACAACAGAACUGGGGGGCUGCUCGGCUGAAAUCAGAAACAAAGACCACGACACGUAUCUUGCUAUUCGAUACUCCAAAGGCAGACUCACAAUUAUGGUUGAUGUUGAUGACAAGAAUGAGUGGAAAGAGUGUAUUGACAUCUCGGGUGUCCGCCUCCCUACUGGCUACUAUUUUGGAGCGUCUGCAGCCACAGGCGAUCUCUCGGACAACCAUGAUAUCAUCUCUAUGAAAAUGUACCAGUUGAUGGUAGAACACACUCCUGAGGAGGACAGCCAAGACUGGACUAAGAUUGAGCCCAGUGUCAGUCUGCUCAAGUCUCCUAAAGACAACGUUGACGAUCCAACUGGUAAUUUCCGGAGUACACCUCUUACGGGUUGGAAGGUCUUCCUGCUUCUCCUGUGCGCUCUUCUCGGGAUUGUUGUUUGCGCUGUUGUGGGAGCAGUGGUCUUUCAGAAACGACAAGAGAGGAACAGGAGGUUUUACUAGACAUGACAUCAGUCUAAACUGGACAAUUUUUAAAAACUCAAAAGAAUGUGGAUGGAUGGGAAAGGUUAAUGUGAAUUUUUUUUUUUUUUUUUUUUUUUUUUUAGCAGUUGAAAUAUUGAAGAGAACAAUUAACUAAAAGGGGGGUAUUGGGUAUCAGCAGUGGUUUUGGUUCAUGUAAUGUAUACCAGAUCACAUUUGUAAAAAAAAAAAAAAAAAAUUUUCAAAAACCAACAAACUGUUUAAAUCAGUGUGGAGACCAUGCUACGAGACUAAAUUUUCAUAUCUACACUGUUUAAUCUACACUUACCACUCUGAUCUGUUUACUAGUUUGAUUUGUUUUAAAUAUGUGUAAAUCAUGUACAUGAUUGUAGUGCUAUUAGUUUCAGUCAGGGUAUGUUUUCAUGUUUUCAGUUACUUACUAUUUGGGAUUUAAAGUGGAUUAUCGUCAAUUUUAAGGGUUGAAUGGGGUUUGGUGUUAAUUCACUGGGUGUAGAUUUGAGAAACUAUGGAUUGUAUCCUAGCUCAAAGCUACAGUCGUUUUGUCCUUUAAAAAAACACCACCACAGAACAACGAGGUUCUUGAUCAUAUUUGCUGCAUUUUGUUACUGCUUUUUAGGAAGAGCAAAAGAAAUGAAAAAGGUUGUUGAAAAAAACAAGUUAAGCUGAUUUCUGUCCAGUUUACCAGCCUGCACCAUAACUGUUUAUGGUGUUUUUUUUUUUUUCUUCAGCUCCAGCAGUAUUGUCUCUUUACUGGCGAUUGCAAAAGCUAAGCGUUAUUGGCUGCAUACAUCUAUGAAAUGGCGAUCUGCAUUUGCUCAAAUAUAAAUGGCUUAAUUCAGUACACAUGUAAGGACACAGCACAAUUUGCAGAAUUUAACAGAAUGAAACAGUGAGGCUUAAUUGUCAACUUGAAAUAACAAACCUGUAUGAUGAGAAUCUUGUGAAUGUAACACAGAACAUGUUGCGGACUGUACCGUACACAAGUAAAUUUUCUGUGAACUACAAAGGGCAGGAAUUGUACAAGGACUGGAUGGUAAAUAAAGAAGUUCUUCCAGUA